AUGUCCGCCCCUACAGAAAAGCCUCCUUCUUCCUGCAAGGUGAUGUUGAGCAAGAACGUUGCCAACCGCCUCCUCGCCGAAGUCCACGAAGGCCUCAAGACCCUCGAGAAGCCGCCUCACCUCGUCGGUUUGCUGGCCAACAAUGACCCCGCCGCCUUGACCUACGCGCAGAUGACACAGAAGACCUGCGAGGAGAAUGGAUUCAAGUACUCCAUGCGCGAGGUGUCCCGCGACGACAUCGAAGAAGCCAUCCUCGCCGCCAACGCCGACAACAACGUCGACGGAAUCAUCGUCUACUACCCGAUCUUCAACAACCGCCAGGACCAAUACCUGCAGCAGAUUGUUGACGUGACCAAGGAUGUCGAGGGUCUGAGCCACCGCUACAUCUUCAACAUGUACCAGAACGUCCGCUUCCUCGACGGCGAGGCUAAGCGUCAGAAGUCCAUUCUGCCCUGCACCCCGCUGGCCAACAUCAAGAUCCUCGAGUACCUUAACAUCUAUAACACCAUUCUGCCCUAUGGAAACCGCUUGUUCGGCCACACCAUUUGCGUCGUGAACCGCUCCGAGGUCGUUGGCCGGCCACUUGCUGCCCUGCUGGCUAAUGACGGUGCUUGUGUUUACAGUGUUGAUGUCACCGGUGUGCAGAAGUUCACCCGUGGCGAGGGAUUGCAGAAGAAGACACAUGAGAUCCACGAUCUUGAGGGCAAGACCAUCAAGGAUGUUGCCCCUCUCUGUGAUGUUGUCAUCACCGGUGUUCCUGGUGAGAACUACAAGUUUGACACUAGCCUGCUGCGGGACGGUGCUGUCUGUGUCAACUUCUCCAGCGAGAAGGUAUGUAUAUUAUCUAUGAUGUCUUGGAAUUGCUCGUUGACCAUUCUUCAGAACUUCCCAUGGGAGGUCCGUGACAAGGCCUCUCUUUUCGUUCCUUCCAUUGGAAAGGUUACUAUUGUUGUUCUCCUGCGCAACCUACUGAGACUCAUCCAAAACAAGCGUAUGGAUGAUGUCAAGCCCGCCGAGGCCACAGAACGUCCCGGCACCCUCGAGGCUGCUUCCUAA